AAAAAUAAAGUUUUGUUUCAGUAUUGUGCUCGCCGAAUUUCCAGGCACAACACCUCAACCCGUCGCGUAUAAACAAUUGUACAUUAGAUGAACAUUGACUCCUGGGUUUGCUGUGUCACUCUACGCAAUGUUACCAUAGCAACAGCAUUCGUUUAGCGUUGGAAUCCAAGAUGGCGUCUCGCCCAAGGAGUGAAAUGUCAACAAGACAAAACAAAAAGCGAGAUUCUAAGCCAAUGUACAUGAAAAGCAAGUAUAUAACGAUGUCAAAUGAUAUACUGGGGUAUAGGAAUCAAAAUACCAAUCGCAGUGCGUGGAAAUCCAACGUCGACGAUAUUUUAUAUGAUAAAGUAUUCCUAGAGCGUCGUAAUUUAAUUGGUCAAUGGUAUGAAACAUGGAGUGAAGUGCAGAGGAAACGUUUCUUUGAUUUUAUUCUGGACCAGUCGUCGACACCAGAACUAAAGUUCAUCCUAGCCUGGUUCAAGCAACCUGUAAGACCUCAACAAGAUUUCACAACACUGCUUCCACGAGUUGUCUCAACACACAUAUUUAGUUAUCUUGAUCCACGCAGCCUGUGCCGAGCUGCAGGUGUGUCGUGGCAUUGGAAAUGGUUGGUCGAACAGGAUGCUGUCUGGAGAAGCAAAUGCCUGAAGUUUGGUUGGUAUUUGCCAUAUCAGCCGAGUAGCUUGGAAAAUGGAGCUUGGAAGAAACAUUAUAUGAUGUGUAUUAAGACUUUAGAAAUUGAAGUGCCUCAUAAGUCAGCAAAUUCACUUCAUGAGAAAUACAGCCAUAUUUUAAAAGCACUGACAGCUGGAAAAUACCAAAGUGAGUCUGAUAUUGCUGCAAGAGCUUACAGUAAAUGGAAGAAGAACCUUCCAGUUGUUCAUAAAGAUGAACCUAUUCGCCCACCAUGGAUUGCCAACAGUUCUCGACCAAAAGAACUAGAAUUUGCUGAUAAGGUUUUGCGUGGUAAAAAAAGUCCAGAAAAACAAAGUUCUGGCCUGACAGCUCUGGAAGCUCCAACCACUCGAAGCAAGCACUUCAGAUCAAAAACAACUCCAGUGCAUAUUCCUGGCAGUGGGCAAUACCAGGAUCAUUCAUUAAGACGAACAAGGAGUGAGGAAUUUAGACUUUUUGGAGAACAUGAGGCGAAUCCAGCCACGUUGACAUUAUCUGAAGCAAUGCGCUACGAAAUUCUCUAUCAGACUGAUGGAAUGACUUUCGAAUUGGAUGAAAAUCAAAAUUUUAUACAAAAUGACAGAAAAAGCUCAAAGAAAUUGAAGAGUUCUCAACUGUAUUCAGAUGUCGAUGCCAAGAAGAGUUUACAAGAAUUUAGCUUGGCUUAUCCAAAUAUCGUAAAUCCUCGUGUUAUAUUUAUUUCAUCGAAAAUAACAGCUCACGAGGUGUUGGCAAGCUCCGUGCUGUAUGGAGUUCUUCCUAUUGUCUACCAAUACGAGGGGACGACAUUGCGAGGACUGCUGGAUCAUUUUUCUGCCGUCUUGCAAGGACGAAAAGCAAGGAGUGUUGGGUUAUUUGUUCAUGGGGAAAGCGGGAUUUUGGAUAUUACUCGAGAUAGUAGAACAUCGCUGUCAUCGUUAAACGAUGCUGAGAUUCAGAAUUUCUGGCAAUCGCUGAGUUUGGAUAUCUUGAACCAAGAUGAAGGUGGUCAUGUUGAUAUCUUCUCUCCACUGGGUGCAACAGAUGUUGGAAUGGAAUUGCUGAGCCAACUUCAAAUUGCAACAGGGUUGAUAUUUUCUUCUCCUACUGGGACAACGUCUUCCCUGCUUAAAGGUGAUGAUAGUUGGCUUCCAGUGCCCGAAAAAGACGUGGAGAAACCUUCAAGUUUGUAUUUCAACGAAAUUAAGUUGGCUGCUUGGAGUAAGACUGCUGAGUAUAUCCAGGAGAGUUUGAAUAAAGUGUCUGCAGAACUAACUGGACAUUUUGAAGACGAAAUUUACGGCCUGGCGUCAAAGAUUGUUGGUGAAAUAAUUUUCAAAGUGUUGGGUUUGGUUGAAUUAAAUGAAAUCCAAGAUGUCAGUAGGAUAUUGGUUAAAGCUUUAGUUUUGAUGACGAAACAGAAACAAAUUGAAAAGGCCAAACCAGUUGCAAGUCUUAUUCACUGUCUUAAAGAAUGCGAAAAAGAGCAAAAUCCGAGAAAGAAGCGGGCGAGGAAGAAGAUGAAGAAAGCGCCUCUGGAUGAAAAAGAGCCUUUGAAGGAAGGUGAAGAUGUUUAUUCUGAAGAUGAAUUUGAGUCGGAAGAUGAGCAAUGGCGAUUGAACGAGGGGACAACAAAUGCAAAUCUAACGGAACGUCUAUCGUUGGGAGAGCGGCGUUCAGUGAUAGCACAUGAGUUGCUCAGUACGGAGAAGGAUUAUUGCAAAACUUUGAGUAUCAUACAAGAUACAUUUAGGAAGCCUUUGGAGGCAUCGAUUAAAUCUAACAGGCCAGUGAUUGGAAGUGCCAACAUUCGAAUGAUUUUUAAUGACAGCGAAACUCUACUGGCAGUAAACAAGGAACUCGAAAAUGAUCUGUCUUGUCGUUUGAAAGAUUGGGAUUCUCACCAGUGUCUUGGUGACGUUUUCCUGAAGUUCAACACAAAAUCUAAAGCUUACAUCAAUUUUCUGAACAAUUAUCCAAUAACGUUGGCGACAAUCGACAAGUGUCAGAAGCAACACCCAGCAUUUCGUGGAUUCUUGCUGCAAUUGGAAAAACAGCCCAGCACCAAACUUUCUAGUUUGCCAAAUUUGCUGUUGGCCCCUACAAAACGAGUACACGAGUAUAUCUGUCUGUUGGAAUCAUUUCUCUGUCAAACAUCUGUGGAACACAAGGACCACAAGAAACUGAUCAAAGCAAUCGAGCAGUUGAAACAAUUAAGAUUGCUCUUUGAUGAGGCUAGCACAAGGCUGCGUCUUGAAAAACGUCUGAAAGAAGUUCAACAGCAAAUCCAGAACUGUCCGGCUUUAGUUGAACGCGGAAGAUAUUUCAUGAAACAAGAAGAUGUUAUUCAUUUAAAACAAACAGAUGAAAACGACGUAAAGGCUGAGUUUAGAGUGUUUAAUAACAUUGGAAACUUGGGCUUGUUUUUAUUCAACGAUUGUCUGGUCUUGACGACAAAAAACCUCACGGCUGUGCCGUUUCAAAGAAUUUUAGAAAUAAGUUAUAAAUACCAUCAAUCAGUGCCACUGUCUACUCUGACAUUGGAGGAAAUCAGUGAUACUAAGUAUGCACAAAAUGCGUUUGUAAUCGUGACGCCUAAGAAACGUUGGAUUUGCCAAGCCAGAUCAUCUGAGGCAAAAUCAAACUGGAUUUCUUUGCUAAACACUUGCAAGAGAACAACAAUUGAAAGCGGCAAUACAAGAGACAAGUUCUGAUGAAGAAGUCAUGCUUAAAGUUGAAAGUACCGGAUCUUAACCGAUUAAUCGACAAAGCGGCCAAACUAAGCAAUUUUAAAAUUUGAGGGCCCCGCGCAUUCUUACGAGUAGAAACAACCGGUGCGCAAACCCGGCUGCGCAUCAAUUGGACUGUAACCAUUAGUAACCAUUAGCUUCAUCAAGGCCACGUACAGUUUCCCCCCGGCGCGUGUUUUUGCUUUGUAUUAAUUGCGUAAUUAUUGUCUCGCGGGAGGACACGCGUGAAGCAAGGCAGGGAACGCGCCUGGCAGAAAAUGUGUUGAGAAGUGAGAUAAAUUUGGCAACCUUUUACAAACUUGAAGAAGAACAGUGGUCGAAGAAAGUCUUUUCAGAACGUUACUAUCGAAGUCCCUCGAGGCAAUGAGCGACACGCAACGCGACAUGCUCCUCCCACCAUGACGUCAUAACCUGAACUCCUAUCGGUAGACCUUGGUCAUCAUACCCGACUGGUACAACAACCCCUGGUACGCCAGUCAGAUUACCCAAGAAGUGGAAUCUACAGGAAUUUCAAAGUAUCAGACAAUGAUGGUGAGAUUAUCAUAUUGCAGAUUAAAGGCAUUUAUAUUAUGAAAACACCACAAACGCUGGACAGAAAGCUUAAAACUAAUAUUAACUAAAAAUAUAUUUCUUCAAGAAAGGAGGCAAUACCUGUAGCGGAGUGUACACUCUUUCGGAC